AUAGAAAAUAAAUAUUCUGAAACCACACCACCACGUGCCUUCUAUUUUGAUUUAACGUCGCUGAGAAAUAUAUAAAUAUGGCUAAAUUUAGAUCAAAACUCAAAGGAAAAUUGAAGGGGAAAAGAUGGCAAAAAGGUCAAUCGUCCAACUCAAAUCCAAAAACUCAAAAAUACAGGGAGAUGGCAAAAUCCCGGUUCUUCCAAGAAAAUUUAAGCAACGCUGGCUUGACUGAACAAGCGGUUCUAAAACAUGAUGCCCUCAUGACCUAUGGCCAUAGCGGUGGCAAAGAAAAGUCAGAAGCUGAAACUGAGCUGACCAUAGCUAAAGAAUUUGAAACCAUGUCCGUCCGAAGUGACAACUCUGAUACAGAAUAUUCUAAGUCAAUGAGAUCUGGUACAUUCAAGACAUUUCAAACAUUUGCAUCUGAUUGGAGUCAAUGCUCUAAUAUUAGUUUCAGCAAAUUACUGACAAGGUUUGAUACCAACAAUGCUGUCCAUAAAGACAUGUUAGCGGUGCUUGCUGCCGUCACAGAAGUCAUUAAAGAGCAGGGUGGUAAAGAAUCUACUACUGAAUAUUUUGCAGCUCUGAUGGAAACACUUAAAGUUUCUGAAGACGAAUCAAGCUUAGUGGCAACACUAUCACUUCUAGCUAUGGGUAUUAAAUCGGUACCCCAAGCAGUGCUUAGAAAACAAUUCUCUGUAUCAGCAUCUAUAUUCUCUGAAAUCCUGGAGAAGAAUGCUCAAUCAGAAAAUGGUACUUUGCUGAGAAGUCUUAUCGGAUGUCUGUCAGUAUUAUUAAGAUCCCAGGAGUAUGCUCUGUGGGGUGAUUCAUCUACAAUGAGGGUUUUUGAAUUUGUACUCGCAUUUACUUUGCACUCAAAACCUAAGGUUAGAAAAGCAGCUCAACAUGCAGUUACGGCGAUCUUAAGGGGCAGCUGUUUUAUGAUACCUUCAGAAGACCAAAAUGUUAAGGUCCCCAAGGUCCACCCGGCGGCGAGCCGUGUGUCUGAAUACUGUCAGUCCCAGCUGAGUGCUGAAGCCCUACUCGCUGGUCAUAAGUCCGUACUGCACACUCUCACAUUACUCAGGGAUGUGUUAUGUGUCUUCAAUAAGGAGCAUAUUAAGGCAAACUGCGAAUCAAUUCUAUCAUUGAUGACGCACAACAACGUGUACAUAAAGACGUGUUGCCUCCACACUUUCCACGCCCUGUUCUCUGCCCCCCGCGACUAUAGCAAUAUGUGGGGAGGACUAGCCGUUCAACUCACGAGGGCCCUCAUGGCUGCGAGGCCCCCCGCCAAUGAUACAGGUCAAGUUCUCGCCUGGGCCACCGUCCUGCAAUCUGCAUAUGGAUGUCUUGCUGGCCUCGAUAUAGACUUGUGCGUGCCACUGGUCCCUCAAUUCGUGAAUAUCUGCGUGUCGGAGCUAUGGUUGUCGGACGUGGCGGAGGUCAACGCGGCAGCCACCAACGCGCUCAAAGCUGUAUUACUGGACUGCGUAAAACCAGCCCUUGAGACCGACAUGAAGCAUAGGAACCACAUUGAAGCUGUAUUCAAGACAAUCAGUUCGGGCUUAGACAAUCCCUUCAACCAGGCUAUUAAACAUGUUAUACUUACUAUUGCUGUCUGUUUCGAGAUAGGGAAUGAGAAAGUGGAGAAUGUUCUGGAACAGCUGCUGAAGAAAUUAAAUGAUAGACGCGAAAGUCACAACUUCCACAAUGAAAAAGAAGCCGAAUAUGCUACAGGAUGCGCUGUAAAGUCACUCGGACCGGAAUUCGUACUACGAAUAAUACCACUGAAGGAUGGUGAUAGCAUCAAUAUAGAUCGAAGUUGGCUGUUGCCCGUGUUGAAGGAAAAAGUAACAAACUCGAAUCUGAAAUUCUUCGCUACGGAAAUACUCGAAUUAGCAACAUUCUGCAGGAAAAAAUCCCGUGAACUAUCUGACAAGAACGACACUACCGGUUCACAUACUUAUGACUUAUUGUGCAAUCAAUUUUGGUCUCUACUGCCAAGUUUUUGUAACUACCCGAAAGACAUAAAGGACAAUUUCAAAUAUCUAGCUAAGGUCCUGGGUAAUGUGUUGAAAGAAAAUCAGGAAUUUAGACUAUCAGUGAUGCAGGCUCUAAGAAAGUUAAUAACCUGCACCGAAAAUGAUGAAGAAGAUAGAAAAGAAAUGGCCAGAUUUGCUAAGAAUUAUGUGCCGAUUUUGUUGAAUAUUUACAUGUCCCCUGUUAAAGGCAGUAUGGCACAGGGACAGAGACUAGCUGCUUUGGAAACUAUACAAGUAUAUCUAACAAUAAGUGAUCAAGUUCUAAGAGAGGAACUCUUCGUUAAUGCUCUCCAUCAACUAGAAGCGUCAAAAGGGGACCACUUCCAAAGAGAAUCUAUAUUGGAUGUUAUUCGACUUCUUGUAUUGUACCAGACUUCUGAGAAAAUUGAGAAUCUCUUUGACAACUGGGUCUAUCCACUGUGCGAAACUGUAUUGGAAGCUCCGAAGAAAUAUAAAAAGGCUAGAAAAGAGGAAGGUGAAGAGAAGACCCAACAGUUGAAAUAUAAAGAUAUGGCGAAAUUAAUUGAAAUGGAACAUAAGAAAGCUUACAGAAUAUUAGAGGAAAUAUUCAAAAGUGAUAAAGACUCUUGCAAAGAAUUUGUGACCAAUAAUAAUAAGAAGAUAAUGAAAUUACUAAUGCGCUCAUUGAAUAAGGCAGCUGAUAGCAGUAAAGGUGCUAGGUUGAGAUGUAUAGACCACUUGAUAUCAGUCUCCCCUAAACUAACAUCAGAACACAAGCUUAUCAAGAGUGCUCUAGCAGAAGCAAUCAUCUGUACAAAGGAUAUCAACUCUAAGUGUAGACAGUGCGCCUUCACAGUCAUUACUAGUAUUGGAAAUGUUCUGAAGGAACAGGACGGAGGAAUACAAUCCUUCAUAGACCUUUUAUUAAGCGGUGUGUCAAGUCCCCGUGUGACAUCAUGUUCCCUACGAGCCUUAGCUGCGGCAUUGUUCAAUUUCUAUGGAGAUAUGGAGCUGACCGCUGUCCAGGGUUUAUUGGAGACUGUUUCCAAGCUGAUGAUGGAGAGCAACAGGGAGGUUGUCGCGGCUGGAAUGAGCUUCUUGAAGGUAUACACAAAGGUUUUGCCAACCGAAGUACUAGCUGGCAGUCUGCCUCUAAUAUUCAAAACACUAUCAUCUAUAAGCGACGACUGUAAACGUUAUUGCCGACUAGAAAUAGGCUACUUCCUGAGCAGGAUGAUUAGGAAAUUUGACGCCGGUUUCGUGGAGAAGCUGAUACCGCAGCAAGAUGAAAUUAUGAUGAAGAGACUCAGGAACCUGAGGAAGAUGGAGAAUAGGAAAAACAGGGCUAUGGACGGAGAGAGGGACCAAGAAGACUCUUCGUCAGAGUUUGACGUGAAAGGAACUUCGAAAACAUUGGACGACAUUCUCAAAGACUCAGAUUCGGAACUCGAACUAUUUGAUGAGGAAGAGCGACCAAGGAACAAGGUAAAGAGCAAAACAAAAUCACGUAAUCAAGCUUGGAUUCAAGACGACCCAGAUAAUAUUGUGGAUCUGGCUGACGUUUCUUCCGCCAGAAAAAUUACAGCCACGGAUCCUAAGAAGAAACGUGACGCAGCUGAAAUAAAGCAAAAGAAGAAAGAUGGCGGCUUCAAGACAGCCCCGGAUGGCAGACUCAUUAUCAGCGAUGAUAUGUUCGAUGAAGAUGGUGACGAAGACGAACAGCGUCCGAGCGGUGAUGUGGACUCAGAUACCGACGACACUGACGACGAGUCCAAAGCAACUAACCUUAUAAAGCCGGGUGUAAAGCGUCGAUACGACGACAUUCUCAGUGUAAAGAGCGGUCGUUCAGGACAUAGUCGCGCUUCCACGGCACGGGCCUCGUACGUGGCCGGUGGACGGGGUAUACACAGACCCCUAAGCUCAGCGGCUUCUGUUUCCUCGAACGUGGGAUCCGAGUAUCGUUCCAAAAAGGCAAAGGGUGACAUCAAGAAAAAAGGGAAACCUGAUCCCUACGCGUAUCUACCUAUGUCAAGAAAGAAUCUUAAUAAAAGAAAGAAGACGGUUACAUCGAAUCAGUUCAAGGGAGUUGUGAAGUCUAAGUCGAAAGGCAGGAUUAUGAAGAAGGCUAAAUAAUUAAGAAAAAUCCAUUAUGAUAUAAAUAUUAUAUCCAUUGAAAUAGAACACAGUUUAAAAUUAGAAUUCAUAAAAUUGAUCUUAUAGUAAAAACUUUCAUUUUACUUUACUGUCUCUGACAUCUAUUACAAUUGAUUUGUGAGAAAAAUAAUAGAUGAUGUAGACGAACAUGUCGAGAGAAUGCGUUACAGUAAUUAAACUUAUUCAAUAUUAUAAUUUAGUUUCGUAUUUUAGAUAUAACCCAUGAUUGUUCUGGAUUCUGUAUUGAGAAAUAUUUUUUUUAAAAGGGAUUACAUUGAAUUAUCACUGUCUUAGAACAGACGUGUACCAUUGUUUUGUUCAUACAUUAAAUACUUUAUUAUCAAAUUAUUUACCACCUUCCAUGUCCUUGAUGUAUUAGUACCAAUACUAAGAAAAGGAAAUUACUUUAUACAAGAUUUUCUAAUAAUCUUAAUGAGUUAAAAUCACAAAAUUUACAAGCUUAAAGCAGAGGAUGGGAUCUAUAGCCCAAGCACAUCAAAUCAUACUUAUUAAAAGUUUCAAAAUUAUCCGAAUUCAUAACGUUUUUCAGCAAUUAUUUUUUGUAUAGUUUAAUGGACAGAAUGUAUUUUUUUGGAUAUUUGUUUCCCAUGAAACAAGGGAAAAAUGUUAUCACUCUAGUGUAAAAUACAGAAUGUAAGCAAAAAAAUCAAACACAUAAUGAAUUACAUUGCGUUAAAAUUAAGAUUUAUUAUUGGAUGUAGAUUUACUAAAAAAUAUUUUUGGAUUUUAUUGUCCGAUUUUAAAAUAUAAUUAAAAACAUGCGGUUUUUCUAUCUUAUAGAGGUUUCAAAGCUAUUCGUUGUCUUGUUAGAGUUAUAAUAAAAUCUCUUAUAAAAACAUA